AUGCAGACUAAUACAACUUGCAAAUUCAGCUCCAACAACAACCCUACUAGAAUAUCAUCAGGAUCUAGUCCAAAAACUAACGAAAAAAUAACAACCAUGAUGCAAAUGAAUGAUAUGCCUCAUAUUUGCCCUUAUUGUUCAAGAACAUUUGAAACUUCACAAGCAUUGGGUGGCCAUCAAAAUGCCCAUCGAAGAGAACGUGAAGCUGAUAGAAGGGAGUAUCUUGCAAACAAGCGUGCAACAUCGAGUAACAGGAUGCUGACUCGUUUGGCUGCGAUUCAUAACGCAUCGGGGAAAUUACUUUCCAUGACUCCGCAUGCCUCAUAUGUUCGUGGUGGAAAUGAGUAUGUUUAUGGAUCAAAGCAAUUAGGGUUUCAAUCCCUUACUAAUGAGGUUAGGUUGUUACCUUGUGAACGUUGUCACAAAUUUUUAUAUCAACAAGUACUUCAGCAAGGAACACCACCACCAGCACAACCAGUUAAGCCAGUUGAGUAUGAAUUUAUUCCUAUAAAAGGAAAGAACAUUUUAGGUGUUGGAGAAAAAGAUUCAAAUGGUGGUGAAGAAGUUGAUGUUAGUUCCAAGAAGUGUUUGGACUUGACUUUAAAGCUAUAA